AUGGGUGUCAAUUUUUCAGAUCUCAAGGGUAUAUGGGAGGUUCAUGAUUGGUUGCUUGGGUUGUACAGCAAGAUAUUUGUGGUAUUCAAGGUUGAUACUUGCCUUACUACAGCACAGUGUGAGGCUCUUGAAGACACCACUUGCCUAGGAGUUCAGCUUCCAUAUUCUCACACAUCACUCAAGCUGACAGGGCUCCCUAACCAACGCAUAGCUAGGGAACACCUUGAUUCUUGGUCAUCACUGCGUAAUAUUCCCCGAUGCUGGGCUGUAGUACAGCCUUUACUUUGUGCCAUAUUUUUUCCACGUUGUGAUGAAGAUACUUCAAAGUUGCAGUUGCCACCAAAGGAGAUGUGCACUAAAACUCGGGCUCCUUGUGAAAUAGUAGAGAAAGAAAGAGGAUGGCCAGAGUACUUGAAGUGCCAUGAUUAUUACCAACCAAAUUGUAAAAAUAGUGUCAGAGAACUGAAAUUUAACACAACUGGUCAGUGUGCACCUCUGCUUGUGGCUACUGAUGAAAAAUCAAAGUGGUAUGAAGGGGUAAAAGGCUGUGGUAUUCAAUGUGCGAAUCCUAUGUUUACACCAGAGGAGCAUGAGGAUCUUCAUAGAUUUGUUGCGAUGUUAGGUGGUGUAUGUUCGGCAUGUGCUGCUCUCACUGUGGUAAGUUGUAGCAUUACCUUGUUAUGAAGACAAACCAUGUCA